AUGCCUGCCUACAAGAAAGUUACCAUUGCCGGUGCGAGUGGAAGCAUUGGCUCGAUCAUUCUUCGCGGUCUACUCGCCACCGGCGACUUCAGUAUUACUGUGCUUUCCCGCAAAGACAGCGCGGCCUCAUUCCCCGACGGCGUCGCUGUUCGGAAGACCGACUUUUCUGAGAGUGAGCUAGAGACCAUAUUCAAAGGGCAGGAAGUUGUGAUCUCUGCUCUUGGUGCCACGGGGUUCGGGGAGCAAAAGAAGCUGAUUGACGCGGCUCUUCGCAGUGGUGUGCAUAGAUUCAUACCAUCUGAAUUCUCUGCAAGCAGUCAAAAUGAGGCAAUUGUCCAGCUGCUGCCACUAUUCGGGGCCAAGAAGGAAGUCAUUGAGUAUUUGAAAGCAAGUGAAUCGGCGGGUCUGACCUGGACGGGCAUUGCUACCGGACUGUUGUUUGAUUGGGGUCUGCUUAACGGCUUUCUUGGAUUCGACAUCCCCAAUCGAAGCGCAACUGUAUGGGAUGCGGGUGAGGAAAGCUUCACCCUUACGAACGAGUCCCAGCUGGCCAACGCUGUGAUCGCCGUCUUGCGGCAUCCCGACGGAACCCGUAACAAGUUUCUACACGUCGCGUCGGUGCGGGCGACUCAAAGUCAAAUUCUGGCAGCACUGGAGGCGCAGACAGGGGAGAAAUGGACGGUGCACAAGACCACUACCGAGCAGGAGUUGAGCGAGUCACGCAAGAAACUCACGGUUGGAGACUUUUCCGGCGCACUUGGUCUCGUUAGGGCUACGAGCUUCGGCAAGAUUCCAGGUUUACAUGCAGACUAUGUAAAGAGUGGCCUUAUCGCUAAUGAUCUUCUGGGCUUGAAACAGGAGUCUGUCGAGGGAACAGUCAGCCGACUUCUGACUGAGCAGGAAACCUUGAAGUAG